AUGCAAACAGAAGUUCCUCCCUGUUCAGAAGGUAAAUUCUUGAAUUAAAUAUAGAUCAAAAUUAAAAGGACUCUUCUAUGAAGAUAGAUAAUUAAAUAAAUGAUGAAGCCAAUUAGAACUAAAAUGAAGCAAUGGAUAUUGAGGAUAAUCAUCAAAAAUAAUAAAAUAAGAGUAAGAAUUACAAAUAUCUAUUACUAGGAAAAAGAAAACAAAAUAACAUUCAAACAUAACCAACAAUAAUUCUUACUGAAAAGAGAUAAAGAAAACCACCUUAAUAAGCAUGUGUAUAACGUGAUCCAUCUCCUUAAAUAAUAGCGGAAAAAAAAAAACUUAAAAAAUACAAAAUAAGUUAAGAAAUUGAAGAAAUUUGUACAAAGAUAGCAAAAUGGGAAUAGUUUUAGAUAGGAUUAAAUCAAUUAGGAUAUCCUAGUAUAGUUUUAGAUGAAUAAAAGAUUUUUGAUUUAUUAAAGGAUUAUGAUUAAAAGGAUGAAGCUGGUAAGGAAUAUGAUUUAAAAAUGCUAUUGAGACUUAUUGGAGAAGCAAUGUGUUGUAAAGAUAGAAAUGAGAUUAAUCUACAGAUAAAAAAUAAAAUGGAAUAAUUAAUAUAAUAAAAGAAUAUUAUAAUAAAUUGGACAUUAGAGAAAUGGGAUGAAUAAAUUAAGUCUUUCUUAGAAAUUAAAGCUUAAUUAAAUGAAUAAAUUCAACCUGCCUCACAAUUUGAUUGUUAAGCCUUGUAAACUCUUAUUGGGAAUAAUCUACCUAAUUAUAUUGAAGAAUCAAAAUUUAAUGUCACAUUAAUUGUAUUUAAAUCAAAAUAAAUUGAUGAUUUAAAAAAAGGAUGCGAUUUGAAUGAAUUGAAAAAUGUAAGAUUAAUUAGAGAGUAUUUAAUUACUUUAAAUAACAAAGUAGAUUAACUAAAGAAACUUAAAGACAAAAUAAAUAUCCUUAAAAAAAAAGAAGAUGAAAAUGAUAUUAUACAAUAAUACAAUUCUCAAGAUUUAAAACUUUUAGAAUUCAAAAAUACUCCUAUUAAAUUUUUGUAGAAAACAGAAAUUAAGGUACCAUAAUCAAAAUAAAAAUAAAAACCAUAAAAUCUUGAAAAAAUUGAAAAUAACUAAAGUAAUGAAAAUGAAUAAAUAAAUUCAUAAAUUAAUUUUUAAGCUGAAUCAAAUGAAGCAACAGAAAAAAAAGUGAGUGAAAAUAAAUAAAAAAAAAAGAAGGAAAAAGAAUAAUAAAAAUAAGAGAAAGUUCUUAAAGGAACACUUGAUAAAUAUAAAUUUAAAAAACCAGAAAUUCAAGAAAUUACAAAUUAAUCUACAAAUAUAUAAAAUUAAUUUGAAACACUCUCUACUUCAAAAGAUAACAAUUAAUAAGGAUUAGAAAGAGAUUCUUAAUAAUAAGAUUCAAAUGAGCCAUAAUAAAUUCGUUAAAUUUCUCAAUAAUAAUAAUAAUAAUUUUAGUAAAUUUAAACAAUAGGAAAAAAUCUCAAACAUUUUUUUCCUGAAAAGAAAUAAUAAUUAAUCCCAAAAUAAGAUGAAUAUUAACCAAAAUAAUUAACACCUUACAAAAUGGAAUAAUUUGAAGCUUUGAUUGAAAAAAUGGCUAAUAUGUAGUUGUAAGAAGAAAAAAUAUAAGUAUCAUUAAAUGAUUAUAAUACUGAUGAAAUUGAAAUACAAGAAACCAAACCUGUAUAGUAGGUUAAAAUCAGAAAAAUACAUAUUUUUAUUGCAGAUUCAGAAAAAGAAUUUAAUGGACAUUAAUUUGUAUAAUUAAGUCAAGUUAUUAGAUCAAGAGCUCCUUUUUAAUUAGGUAUAUUUAAAUAAUGAGUAUUUAGAUGAUUAAAUUGAUUAUGACAAAGACUCUUUAGAUGAAGUUGAAGAAAUGUUAGCAGAAAAUCUCUCAGAUAUAAAUGACUCUGAUGAAGAUUAAAGUGAGGAGAGUGAAUAGAAAGAUAGUUUUCUAGUAGAUGAUAAUCAUCUAUCAUAAGAUGAGGUUGAAGAUCCUGAAGAAUUGCUAAAUAAUAAAUGCAUUGCAAAUAACACUUAAGUUCAAAAUGGAAUAGUAUAUAUUAAAUUUUCUUCUGUUGACCCAUUAUUCUUUGAAAAUUACAAAGCUUAAUACAUUCCUUAAUUUUUUAUUGUUUAAUAAUAAAAAGAUUAGAGUCAUGGAAAUAUAAUUUAAAAUCUUGGAACUUAAUAAGGAAAUAACACCAAAACAAUAUAAAUUCCUAAAGCUAAAAUGACUUUUAGUAAUAAUACUUAAAAAAAAUAAAACAAACCUAAAAAAUCAAAAGCAAACCCUAUUAAUGAGUAAUAAAAUUAAAGUUAUUUAAAAUCUUAAUCAAGUAAUAAAUCUUAAGUUGAAUAAACAACUUAAAAAUAAUAAAAGUGUGUUUCAAAAGUUGAUAAUAAAAUUGACGAAGAGAAAAUAAAUACAAAAAUUGAACAGGAUAUUAAAUGUGAAGAAAUACAAAAUGAGUUAGAAAAUUAAUCCAAUCAAAAAUUGUAAUAAAACUAUAAUAAUAAUGAAAACUUAUAAUGA